AAUCUUUUUGAAAAAGAGGGGGAAGAAAAUGUGUAAGAAUAAUAAGGAUCAGAUGGUCCUGCUUGUGCCCCCCAGCCAGAGGCCUCCAGGGGGGCAACCUCCACUCACACAAAAUGGGGCCAGCUGGCUCCUUAGGAGGGAGCCGGCCCAGCAGGGGCAUGGCCGGGUGGCUCCGUGAGAGGGUGCUGGACACGGCUUGUUGCAGGGCUGAGCUUGUGGAGGGCGGCCUGGGGCGGGUGCAGGAUGGGGUGCUACCAGGACCCAGGGCCGAUUCUGUAAGCGGCCGUCUCCAUUUUUCUCUACAGGUUGGGAGGGAAGACGUGCUAGAGCUGUGAGGAUGAGCACGCAGCGGUCACGCCCGUGGGCCGGGACGGGGGAUGCUCGGUGACGUGUGUAGCGUGGACGCUGCUCUCUGCUCAGACGUGCUGACCGAGGGGCCUGGACUUGUGGGUCUUGGCCCAUCACAGCCACAGGGGGGCCCUUCUGAGGAUGUGCUGUGACUUGCUGUGUGUCACAGAAUCCCUCCGCCCAUGGGUGACUGCCAGGCCCGCUCCUGGCAACACCCGAGGGGGGCUGACAGUCAGGGGCAGGCAGGGGCAGUGACCUACACAGAGGCACACGGAGCGCUUUGCUGCCUGUGGGAUCUACCCAUGUGUCUAUGGUACACACACGUGUGUUCUGUUUCUUUAGCAAGGUGGUUAGGACUUGCUCUUUUUUUUUUUUUUUUUAAUUUGAGAGAGAGCUUCCAUCUGCUGGUUCACCCCGGUUCCCAUGAUGGCUGUGAACUGGGCCAGGCCAAAGUCAGAAGCUGGGAACUCGAUCCAGGUCGCGCAUGUGAGUGGCAGGAAUCUGGCCCCUUGAGCAGCACUGUUGUCUCCUGGGGCCUGUGGUAGCCGGGGUCAAGAGCUGGAGCUGGGAUUCAAACCCAGGCUCUCCAAUGCAGGAGGUUUGUGUCUUAACAGCUCCAGUUCGUGAUUUUUUAAAAAAGAUUUAUUUAUUUUUUUAUUUGAGAGAGUUACACAAGAGAAGAGAGGCAGAGAGAGAGAGAGAGAGAGGUAUUCCAUCCAAUGGUUCACUCCCCAGUUGGCUGCGCCGAUCUGAAGCCAGGAGCCAGGAGCUUCUUCCAGGCCUCCCAUGCAGGUGCAGGGGCCGAAGGACUUGAACCAUCUUCUACUGCUUUCCCAGGCCACAGCAGAGAGCUGGAUCGGAAGAGGAGCAGCCGGGACUAGAAAGGAAAGAUGGUUCUCCAGCACCUUCACAGGAGAAAGGAGGCCCAAAGAUGACCAAGUGUUCGAAGCCUUGGGCACCACAGACGAGCUAAGCUCUGCCAUCGGCUUCCUGCGCAUGCUUCUGGGAAGAGCAGCAGAAGAUGGCCCAAGUGCUUGGGCCUCUGCUGGCCACAUGGGACACCCGGAUGGAGCUCCUGGCUCCUGGCUUCGGCCUGGCCCAGCUCCUGCUAUUGCAGCCGUCUGGAGAGUGAACCGGCAGGUUUGCUAUGGAGUUCAUCACGGAGAAGGGCCACCCGUUUGCCGAAGAGCUUCAGAAAGAGGGAGGAGGGCCUCCCACAGAGACGGGCCACGCUCCUGGAAUGCCUCAGGAUUGCAGAGGGAAAAGACAAAAGAUGGGCCACGCUCCCUGCAAAACAGGGCCCCUACCCCACCUCACAGCACCCAGCCCAGGUGGGGAGGCAGACAGAUCCAGUGCACCUUGCAGGACAUCGGCUCCACCUUGGCGACACCGCGCUCCUCGGCCAGGGAGGCCCACUUAAAGCACGCGGCGUUCGGGGAGGGGCCCGUCCUGGAGCUGGAACGCUGGAUCGACGAGUACACCCGCCAGCUGCCCCCGCUCACGGCUUUCAUUCUGCCUUCUGGCGGCAAGAGCAGCUCUGCACUGCACCUCUGCCGGGCCGUGUGCCGCCGAGCUGAGAGGCGCGUGGUGCCUCUGGUCCAGAUGGGAGAGACCGACGCGAACGUGGCCAAAUUCUUAAACAGACUCAGCGACUACCUCUUCACAUUAGCCAGAUACGCAGCCAUGAAGGAGGGAAAUCAGGAAAAAAUAUACAAGAGGAGUGACCCAUCGGACCGAGCCUGAGGCGCCCGGGAGUUCCGGAAAAGGGGGACGGCCAGACACGUCUGUGGUGACAACCAUGGAGAGGCUACCCUGGCGGUGGCCUGGUUCCCAGAGAGCCCAGCCAGAGGGACCGGCCACGGCCUGCCAUGCACACCCAGCCUCCCGGCGAGCAGUCUGUCCCCUGCUCCCCGGCUGUCCUGGGUCUUAGAAGCAGCAGCAAUGAACCCGGUCUUGCAGAAAAGGCAUGAAGAAUAAAAGUGGGAAAGGUU